AUGAGAUCAAAUAUAGCUUUGAGAUUGAGAAAAUCAAUAGAACGAGAAAAGUAUGAUUCCACAUAGAAGUUUUCAUUGCAUGCAUUUAGUAUACAUUAAGCACCUAGCCCGAAGAGAACAGCUCAUUAAACUCCAAUAAGAGGGAAAUAUUAAAUACUAUAAAAAAGAAAAUCCUUCAAUGAGUAAAAAGUAAAUGAGAAAACACAGCUACUAAAGAAAAUAGAAUACUUUAACUCAGUGAAUAUAACAUUAGAAAACUAAUAAAUAAAAGACUAAGAUAAAAGUAUGCAAUAUAGAAAAGAUAACCGUUAAAAAUCAGAGGACAAGAUACUUGUAUAUGAUAUUUUUCGAGAGGUUGGGUACUCUUACAAAUUAUAUGUCUGAGGAAUAAUCAAAGCCUGGAGAUUAAUAAGAAAGACAGCGCAAAAAAUAUUCACUUCCAAUUUUGAAAAAAAGAUCUUCUCCAUCUCCUUAACUUUAGGAUUCUUAAACUAUACCACCAAUGCCAAUAAUUACAGAAUUAACUUAUACAAAAUUAGCACCAAGUAACUAUUGUAUUGUAAUAAUAAUUAGAUGAAAUUAAUAAAGUUUAAACUAAAGAAAUAAAAGAACUUCCAGAAUCAACAGAAAGAAUACUUGAUUUAUUAUUGCUUAAUACUUGUGAUCUAAAAAAAGUAUUCCAAUAAUAAAAAUAGAAAAAUAAAAGAAAAAUAAUAGUAUAAGGAAGAAUCCCUCAAGAUUUUUUCAACAUAUUGAAAUAAUUUUGA